CCUUGCGACUGCUGUUGAAAAUUAUCGAUAUGUUAACAUAACAUCUGAUAACAUAACAUAACUUACAAGUUAUAACAAAAAAUGCAAUAAAUACUUGCAUCGAAUCAAUAAAGUCCCUCCAAUAUGCUUCUGACGCUUCGAGUGCAGGGAGCACGGCACUGGGUGAAGUCCACCCGCUGCCUGGCUAGCAGUGCGGCGCCUGCGAAGUCGCCCUCAUCGCAGCUGGAGGUCAGUGGAAGCACGUACGCCACCGACGGAUGGACGAACGUAACGCCCAAGAUACUCUCCUACCUGGGGGCCAACAAGCACCUGCAGACGGACCACCCGCUGUCCAUCAUCCGCCAGAGGAUCGUCAACUACUUCUAUGGAGCGUAUCGCAACCAAAGGGGCAAUCCACUAUUCUCCGUCUAUGAUCAAAUGAAUCCGGUGGUCACUGUGCAGCAGAACUUUGACAAUCUGCUGAUUCCCGCCGAUCACGUGAGUCGACAGAAAUCCGAUUGCUACUACAUCAAUCAGCAGCAUCUGCUGCGCGCCCACACCACCGCCCAUCAGGUGGAACUGAUCUCGGGUGGGCUGGACAACUUUCUGGUGGUGGGCGAGGUAUAUCGACGGGACGAGAUCGAUAGCACCCACUAUCCGGUGUUCCACCAGGCGGACGCUGUGCGGCUGGUCACCAAAGACAAGCUCUUCGAGCGCAAUCCUGGCCUGGAACUCUUCGAAGAGACGUGGUCAGGUACGCUGCCCGAUCCCAAGCUGAUCCUGCCCUCCUCCAAGUUCAUGGACCAAACCAAACAGCCCUGCCACACGCUCGAGGCCGUCAAGCUGAUGGAGCACGAGAUGAAGCAUGUGCUGGUGGGCCUGACCAAGGAUCUGUUUGGGCCGCGCAUCAAGUACAGAUGGGUGGACACCUAUUUUCCCUUCACCCAGCCCUCCUGGGAGCUGGAGAUCUACUUCAAGGACAACUGGCUGGAGGUCUUAGGCUGCGGCAUCAUGCGCCACGAAAUCCUGCAGAGAUCGGGCGUUCAUCAAUCGAUUGGCUACGCCUUUGGCGUCGGCCUGGAGCGACUGGCCAUGGUGCUGUUCGAUGUACCCGACAUUCGGCUCUUCUGGUCGAACGACAGUGGCUUUCUGUCGCAGUUUAGCGAAAAGGAUCUGCACAAUCUGCCCAAGUACAAGCCCAUCUCCCACUAUCCGCAGUGCACGAAUGACUUGUCGUUCUGGCUGCCCCAGGACAUUGAGGUGGAUGCCGGCUUCUCGCCCAACGACUUCUACGAUCUGGUCCGCUCUGUAGCUGGUGAUAUGGUGGAGCAGAUCAGCCUGGUGGACAAGUUUAAGCACCCGAAAACGGGCAGAUCGAGCGUGUGCUUCCGCAUUGUUUAUCGCCAUAUGGAGCGCACCUUAACCCAGGCGGAGGUCAACGAAAUCCACAAGCAGAUCGCAAGUGCGAGCGUGGAUAGUUUCAAUGUGCAAAUACGUUAGUCAUAGUCUAGUUCCGUUUCAAUUUAGACCAAAAAAGAAAAACACCAGUAAAGAUAGCCAACAAAGUCAGGUA